GGGACCGGCCGCCCGCCCCCCGCCGGUGGGGGAGGAGCGCCGAACGGCCCUGACCCGCGGGCGGCCGGGAUCGCGGACAGCUGCGGGAUGUCACACCCGUCCCCUGUCGCCCGGCGCAGCAAGGCCAGCAAUCCCUGCGCCUUCUUCGAUGUGGACAUCAGGGGCGAGCGAGUUGGACGUAUUGUCUUUGAAUUAUUUGCUGACAUUGUACCUAAAACUGCUGAGAAUUUCCGUGCGUUAUGUACAGGAGAAAAAGGAAUAGGGCCUACCACUGGAAAACCUCUCCAUUAUAAAGGAUGUCCUUUCCACAGAAUUAUUAAGGAGUUUAUGGUUCAGGGUGGAGAUUUCUCAAACCAAAAUGGCACAGGUGGAGAAAGUAUAUAUGGGGAGAAAUUUGAAGACGAAAACUUUCACUAUCAGCAUGACAAACCAGGUCUGCUGAGCAUGGCAAAUGCAGGACUGAGUACUAAUGGCUCUCAGUUCUUUAUUACAACUGUGCCUACUCCUCACCUGGAUGGAAAACAUGUGGUGUUUGGCCAAGUGAUCAAAGGAAUGGGUGUAGUUAAAAUACUAGAAAACGUUGAAGUAAAAGGAGAAAUCCUGCUGAGGUAAGAAAAAUGCAAAUUGUGCAUCAUCGCUGAGUGUGGAGAGCUAAAGGAAGGAGAUGACUGGGGAAUUACUCCUCAGGAUGGAUCUGGAGAUGCUCAUCCAGAUUUUCCUGAAGAUUCAGAUAUAGACUUGAAGAUGUAAGUUGACAAGAUUGUGGCCGUAGCAGAAGACACAAAGAAUAUAGGAAAUACUUUCUUCAAAUCGCAAAAUUGGGCAAUGGCAGCUAAAAAGUAUAGUAAAAGUUUACGGUAUGUAGAAGCAUCUGAAGCAGUGGCAGAGGAGUCAGACAAACCCAAGUUAAAGACUGUUGCUUUGACCUGUGUUCUAAACAUUGGUGCUUGCAAACUCAAACUGUCAGAUUGGCAGGGAGCCAUUGAGAGUUGUUCAGAGGCUCUUAAAAUAGAUCCAGCAAAUACUAAAGCUCUCUACAGACGGGCUCAAGGAUGGCAGGAUAAAGAUCUUGAUCAAGCACUGGCUGAUCUUAAAAAGGCUCAUGAAAUAGCCCCUGAAGAUAAAGCCAUCCAGACAGAAACACUUAAAAUCAAGCAGAAGAUAAAAGCCCAAAAGGAGAAGGAGAAAGCAGCUUACGCUAAAAUGUUUGCUUGAUUUUUUUUUCUAAACAUUUAAAUCUAUGCACUAACUCAUGCAAAAGGAUAAAUGGAGCUGCUUCUUUCAUUUGCCCUCUGCUGCAUUUUUUCAGUGUUUACAACACAAAAAUCUAAUAAUAAAGACAAACUGUUCAAAGGUGA